ACCAUAACAUAAAUGACACGGGAGAACAUUGAACGAAAGAUCUCAGUUCUGCUGAGCUCAGUCUCUUGUUCUCCAUCUCUACGAUGGCGAAGAGUUCAAGCAACGGUAAACAUUCACUGACGACGCUAGGCAACAUGGAAGAAGUAGAAAAAGUGUUCAAAAAAUUCGAUGCCAAUGGCGACGGGAAGAUAUCCGCCUCCGAGCUCCGAGCGGUCCUCAGUGCACUCGGCUCCGAUACUUCUCCCGAGGAAGUCCAGCGAGUAAUGUCGGAGAUCGACAGCGACGGUGAUGGAUUCAUUGAUCUCCGCGAGUUCGCCAAUUUUCACCGGAGAGGAUCGGACGACGAUGAUGACAGCAGUAGCAAAGAGCUUCGCGAUGCCUUCGAUUUGUACGAUCAGGACGGGAAUGGAUUGAUAUCGGUGAAGGAAUUGCACUCUGUGUUGAAGAGCUUAGGAGAGAAGUGCUCGUGGAGAGAUUGUUUGAAGAUGAUCAAAUCUGUUGAUGUUGAUGGCGAUGGAUGUGUUAAUUUUGAAGAAUUCAAGAAGAUGAUGAAGGCUUGAGUUAGGGUUUGAAUAGUUGGCUUAUGAAUCGAUAAUCGACGCCUUUGAUCGUGUUGAAUGGAAUUGUUGCACAUUUUAGCGCCAUUUUUUUUACUAUUGAGCGGGAAGGGAAUUCUCACUCUCUCUUUACAGAUAAACGUUCUUAGUUCAAAUUCUUCCCUCUUAUACUAUUUUCAAAAUACUCACCAUCAUUCAAUUAUGUGAAAAUUCAUUUUGUUUGAGUUUGAAUUGUCAAAAUUAUUUUUUGAA